GAGAGAGAGGGAGAGAGAGAGAGAGGGAGCUGCUACUGCUGCUGCUGCUGCUGCAACAAGAGACAAGACGCGUCUUGGAUCACAAAUAGGGAUGCAGGGCGCAUGCGCACUGGGCUCCGUUUACUGGAGGAUAUUCACCGUGGAGGAAAAAAAGGGGGCAGGCAACAAAUCAGGCUUUUUAUAACAGCAAAAACCCGACUUGUGCAAUGUAAAUAACCUAAAGGAAGGAUACAAAAUAGGAUUAUCAACAGGUAGGAUUUUGAUUGAUCUUAUGAUCGGCUUUGUGUCUGUCUCUCUCUCUCUUUCUCGAUCUCUUUUUCUGGCCUUGUCUUGUGUGGUGGCUGCGAUUCUGGGUAUAGCGAGGACUUCGGAAUAUUUCGAGUCGAAUGGAAGUGGACGGAUCUGCUACAAUGUUGUGCUUUAUUCAGCAAAUUCAGAUACAACAACUGUGAUUUUACGUUCCGGUAUUUUUUAUUUUUUAUUGUACGGGAAUCAAACGGAUUCAGACGCGCGUAAAACACGACAGACAAUCGGAGGACGCAUUUAACCGCGUAAGUAGACACAACAUACAUAAAAUAAUAAACCACCACAGGCAACCUGUGAUUUUUUUAAAGGCUGAAAAUGAUCUCCAACGAGUGAAACAUCCUUUAUUAUCACCAGAGAAGGCUUGUUAUUGUCACUUCCAGCCAUCCCCUUUCAAUUGGAUAUUCACACCCGCGCAUUAACACGACAAAUAAUGUGGAAGCGCGGCUUUAGAGUCAGUAUUACACAUUAUAUCCACUCAAGUCUUCAUUCUAAUUACUAAUAUAAAAGAUGAUCUGGAAAAUGCAGGCUGGCUCAAUAAUCGCCCCUAAUGAGAACACUGCUUAUCAACGUGAGAGCCGUAAUCCUGUUAACCUUUAAUCAGACAAAAACACGGAUGCUUUAUUAUGUAUGCGCCCUCCGUCGGUUUUGCAUGAAGGCGAGGCGAGUUUAUUCGAGGCAUCCGCCGCUCCUGAGAGCCGUCCUCUGUUCUGCAGGGUGUAGGGUGUGAUCGAGCAGGGCUUAUUUGUGCGCUGCAUUUCUGAAAACGUCUCACUUUGCGAUGAAAAUAUCCCCCCCCAAAAAAAUCAUCCAAUUCGAGCGGUCUUUUGUCGUUGUCCACUGCUGUGUCUUUUUUUUUUAGGGUGAAAAUGCGUCGUUUCUUAAUGAGGUCUGGUGCUUUGUGCCUUCAUGUUGCUGUUGUUCAAGAAAUCCCGAAGCCACAUAAAGACUUCUUACACUGUAGUAGAUUAAUGCUUAAGAUAAAUGGAGAUCUAUCACUGUCUUUCUUGCCUGUCUGUCUGACUGCCUCUCUGUCGACCAAGUGUUGAAGCGAAGCUAUGGCAGAGCUCCGCACUGUGCCAGUCCCAAUUUAAAAAAAUGUAAGAUUAAUAAAUAAAUAAAUAAACGUCAGGCAGUGGAAAAUGAUUGCCGAUCACUUCUACAAUUGUGUAAGUGUAGUUGAAAACAAUGCAGCACUGAAUGCUGAUGGGUGGAUAAUAUUUUUCAGGGUUUUUUUUUUUUUUAGGUGUGAUGAGACAAAGGAACAAAGGAUGCCUUAGAGGAGAGGUCGCCUGUAUGCCUGGAAACCUCUUCAAAGCACACCGCCAAAUGGAUCUAACGCCUCCCCCUGCCACCUCUAGAUCAUGAUACUUGGCUGAAGCUAUUCCGCUAUCUAUAUGAUCCCUCCUCCAUCUAUGGCGAACUAUAGCCAUGCAGGGGACCACACCAUCUUGCAGAAUGUCUCUCCUCUCGCCACGUUCCUCAAACUGACCUCUUUGGGUUUCAUCAUUGGAGUCGGUGUGGUUGGGAACCUCCUGAUCUCCAUCCUGCUGGUCAAAGACAAGAGCUUGCACCGAGCGCCCUACUACUUCCUGCUGGAUUUGUGCGCUUCUGAUAUCCUACGCUCCGCCAUCUGCUUCCCCUUCGUCUUCACCUCAGUCAAGAAUGGAUCUGCGUGGACCUACGGGACGCUGACUUGCAAAGUGAUCGCCUUCCUGGGUGUGCUGUCCUGUUUUCACACGGCUUUUAUGCUGUUCUGCGUUAGCGUCACACGCUACCUGGCCAUCGCGCAUCACCGUUUCUACACCAAGAGGCUGACCUUCUGGACCUGUCUGGCUGUCAUCUGCAUGGUUUGGACGUUGUCAGUGGCGAUGGCAUUCCCACCGGUGCUGGACGUAGGGACGUACUCGUUUAUCCGUGAGGAGGACCAGUGCACGUUCCAGCACCGCUCCUUCAGGGCGAACGAUUCAUUGGGAUUCAUGCUCCUGCUGGCGCUUAUCCUCCUCGCCACACAGCUGGUUUACCUCAAGCUCAUCUUCUUUGUUCACGAUCGCCGAAAAAUGAAGCCUGUCCAGUUCGUGCCCGCCGUCAGCCAGAACUGGACCUUCCACGGGCCAGGCGCAAGCGGGCAGGCGGCAGCAAACUGGCUGGCCGGGUUUGGUCGGGGCCCAACUCCGCCUACUUUGCUGGGAAUCCGACAGAACAGCAAUGCAGCGGGCCGCAGGCGUCUUUUGGUGUUGGAUGAGUUCAAAACAGAGAAGAGGAUUAGUAGGAUGUUCUACAUCAUGACGUUUUUCUUCCUGGCGCUCUGGGGGCCCUAUCUGGUUGCCUGCUACUGGCGGGUGUUUGCAAGGGGCCCUGUGGUCCCUGGGGGCUACCUGACGGCAGCUGUGUGGAUGAGCUUUGCCCAGGCUGGAGUCAAUCCUUUCAUCUGCAUCUUCUCCAAUAGGGAGCUCCGGCGCUGCUUCAGCACCACGCUCCUCUACUGCAGAAAAUCCAGGUUACCACGGGAACCCUACUGCGUUAUAUGAAGGUUUUGCUGUGGGUUUUUUCUCAUCUGUGUCUCUAUUUCCCUGAUUGAUCUUGAUCUGGGCUCGUUCCCGUUGUACAGCGCACUCUCUCUUCUAUCUCUCUUCAUCCUCCAGUUUUUUCCUCCUGCUCCUCCUUCUCCUAUCCCUUCUUUUCAGAGGUAGAAGGUGGACAGCAAACCACGAGGCUCUGCCGGGGUGAUUUAACGUGAAACGUAUCAAAUAAGGAGGCUGAAGGGUAACGGGAAUAUGCAGGAGGUCUGGAUCCCCUCUUGUGUUUAUGUUCUAGUAAACAAGACGUUGUGGAAGGCCAUGCCAAUGCAGAGAAGCAAAAAUUAAAAAAAAUAGAAAAAGAUUGAUAAAACAAUGAAAACAAAACCUCUUUCUCUGGAUAUUUUCAUGAAUCUGUGAGGUGUGAAAAACAUAAAAAUGAAAAGAAAAAGAAAAACGAACAAAAACAAAGAAAUGAUACCUCUCAAGGAAUCACUGGAAAUGUUUUACAUUUUAAGAGUUGCACUAAAAAGAAGAUGUAAAGAUGCUUUUUUGGUUGCUGGUUGCAUUGCAAGGACAACUUUUUUCUUUUCUUUGUUACCCAAACUAAACAAUGAAUGCUUUAAUUUGCAACAGACUACACAAUCGCUGUAAGUAAAAGCAAAACUUGGUGACUGUUGGAAUACACCACCACAAGAAGGAGGAUAAAAUGGUUUUAAUGUAAGUGAUAUCUUUUUCAUUUACCGGGCGGCGGUCGGGGAGGGGGGGGCUUAACGCUGGGGAUUUACAAUGUGUGGUUUUUGAAGUUGCAACUUAAAAACUAGAAAUGAUUUUCUUGUAGUUUUACGAUCCAUAUGUCCCUAGUGUCUGGCAUUGUUAUUUUCUUAUCACAUUUUACAGAAAAAAAGAGGAAAAAAAGAUGAAAUGAUGUUUGGAUUUUCAAAAGAAGUUGCUUUUAAGAACAACCUUGUGCUUAAAAAAGACACUGACGAAGUAGUUAAAUGUUUCAUCAUAUCCAUGUACCUAAACACUAUCAUAUUGUUACAGUAUUGCUGAUGCCACUCCGGGUGUUCUUGCCUUAAUGGUUAUGAUAUUGUCAUGUUCUUUGGUUGUCGGGUUAAUUUUCUGUUAAUUCAUCCACUCCUGGAAAAGUCGCUUUUUUAAGAGUAAGGGGGAGUUUGUUUUUGUUUCCUUUUCACAUCAAUGUGAAGUGCAUGUCCAUUUUUUAAAAGCUGGUCCACUCCCAUGAGCAUCACAGGCCAUAACACUGAGCAGCCCAUUUUUAUUCUGCAACGGUUUGCUACACCCCACAGAGUGCUCAGAGCACAGGGAGUGUGUGUGUGUGUGUGUGUGUGUGUGUGUGUGUGUGUGCGUGCGUGUGUGCGUGCGCGUGUGUUCGAGUGUGCGUGUGCAGUGUGGAUCAGACAACAGUCACUUCAAGACCAGAGCCUUAGUAUGAAAUCUUGCACAAUUUGUAAAAAAUGUACAAAAAAGAAGAAAAAAAGACAUUUAAGGCACACCGUCUUGUUUCUACUUUCCCUACAUUUGCUCUCUACUGAUUGUUUUCAAUGACUUACUUUUUUCUCUUGUGGCCAUUUUAAUAUUUAUUAUGUAUUCUUUUUUGUAUAUUAUAGAUAGAUUGUGUGUAAGUAUGUGAGUCCUUUCAUUUUUGAAGUCCCGAAUGUGAGUACAGUUUCAGUUAGGAUUGCAUUUGCUGAAAGUUAACUGUGUAAUCUGUUGCUUUUUUGAAAAUAAAAAGUUUCCAUUUUACGACUUUUGUUUUCAUCCCUGUUAUUGGGUGGAGGCCAUGCUAAGUAUUGAAACCAGUUUUGAAAUGGUUCUUGAUUGGUCAAAGUAUUACAUUUAAUCUCUAAAUGUCUUUUUCUCACCAAAGCAGCCAAAGCUUUCCAAAUAUGGGUGAAUUAAUUGCUUAAAUAUGUUUUACUGCAAAGGUCUCUUAGAGGUCUGUAUUUUGCAUACAAAACUUAAACUGGUAUUUCUACAAGAAACAGUUGUAUACGCCGUUUGUAUUCAUGCUAACAGGCCACGCAUAUGAGAAGAUGAUUUCCGAAUGUGUCCUUUCUGGAGCGUAAUCUCCUCUGUCAUGUGCAUCCUUGGGACAGCUCGUCAAAACAGAAUGUAUGCUAAACCUUGUCAUUGAAUGUGAAGUGUGUUUGACAUUUAAUGGAAAAAAUUUCCAUGAAUAUAUCCCUCUGGCACUCUCACUCUCACGGAUUUUCAUACUGUGUUAAAGGGAAAUACCACUGAAUUUUAUACGUAAUAUAUGCAACAUUAUUCCAUAUGGAAUAAUGGUGAUACUCUGGAUUAAUGAGACGCCCCACUGAGCCCUGUAGCCAUGAAUGACAUAGUGGUUUGUCCUAUUCUUCCUCAUGUUCGAGGUCACAUUGAUGUGCAGUGACAAUGAUUGUGACUUUGGAAAGUAUGGGAACAUUAUCAAGAUAUAUAAAGGAAUGCAUGGCUAUUCAGUGAGAAAUCCGAGACUGCAAAUCCGUGCAAACAUGCUAAAUUAAAGGAAAUGUGUACAAAAAUCUAAACAACGUUUGUUUAGUUCAUUCAAGGAUGAAAAAUGAGCAUUUUUAGGUCAAAUAAAUAAUGUAGUGCGAAAAGCGGAACCCAUUACAGUUCCUAGUGUAAGAUGAAAUAGAGGUGAAAAUCAGGGUUUAUAAAAAGGGCAUAAAAACACACAAUCUCAUGUCUUUAAUUUGGUGGUAUUUCUCUUAAAAAAACAAAAACUGUGACUGUGUUUCUAUGAUGUUUGAAUGGUUUCAUGUAAACAUAGGGUUAAACUUGAUAAUCAACGGCUGUUUCUUUCAGUUGUGUUCUGUUGAGACAGUUUUGUAGCUUUUGUCACUGUUGUGUUUCUCUUUCCGCUAAAGCUUGUUUAAUUUAGUAAUGACUUCGGCCUGGUUGCCUGAAAACACAAAAUAUGAUGCUAAAAUGGCUUGUAAACACUGCAGGUAAUUGCGUGCCAGGCUGAUGAGAAAUAUCUAUUAGGGAUCCAUUUUCAUGAUGAUGUUAGCAAUUACUGCUAUAUUUUGGACAUUGAUCACCCCAGUUUGGUCCACAUGGGCUGAGUCAGGUGUUAUGAAAGCAUUUAUUGAAAUUGAAAGGUCCGGUUGGGUGUUAGAAAAUGACCUGGUCUAAUUACCAUGAUUCCCUUUUCCUGAUUUUGUUCAUUUAUCUGUGGUUGACCAUAUUCCCCCAUGACUGUUUCUAUCAGAGGCCAUGUUCAGGGUGGGAGGCUCAAGCUCCUGGUUUAUUGUCAAAUGGUUGUUUCAGAUUUAGUGUUUCUAAAAAAUGAUACAAAUCCCAUUCCCUGAUAGUUCAGUAAUUAACACACAGUACACAUAUUUCAGGGGAGAGCUACCUUCAGUAUCCAGUCGCUUACUGGGCAGUUUUGCCAGAUAAAACCAAAGUUACCAUUAUUUUAUUCUGAGGUACGACUAAUAUAAUUUAAGUGUUGAACAGACACAAGCCAACACAAUACAAGCGUGAUAUUUCUUUGCUAACCUGUUAGUCAACACUUCAUGCUAGGGUAACCAUCUCAAAUGAGAUCAGAUGAGAUCAAAACAAUCUACCACACCUGCAACACACAGCAUGUCAGCCAGUGGUGUUCUAAAGCUGUUGGUGUUCAAACUAAAGGAAAAUUAUCCCAGUGUAUCAUGAGACAAAGCUCAUACUGGUUUUCUGUAUGUGUCAGUCACUCUGUAUGUGGUUAUUACCAAGCUAGGCCUGUUUAUCAUACUGAGAGGACCUGCUGCAUCGUGUCAGGUAGACUCGCAGUCAUACAGUCAGUGUCUUCUGAAAAGCUCUGGUGGAGGGUUAAAGCUUCUUUUGGUUACACUUUACAAUAACCAUAAUUUAUAAAUGGUAAAUAGAUAGUUUAUAAAUGUUUAAUCAUCAUUUUAAAACAGCAUAUAGACCAAUCAUAAAUGGCAAAUAGAUAGUUUAUUAUCGUAAGCUAGUAGUUACUUUACCAUUAACAAGCACUGGAAGUAUGAUUAAUAAUUUUCAUUAAAUUAUUAAUGGACUAUAUAUGAAAGGUUUAUAUUGGGUUUUUAAAAUUGGUUGUAAAACAUCUAGAUUAAAAUCUGUGUCAGUAGCACUUUGUAAAUGGUUAAUAUUUGGUUUUUCAACCAUCUAUAAACAUUACUUAGAUGCUUAUUGUAAAGUUAGGGUUGGGGUUAGGUUUUUGAAAAUUGUAAAAUGUACGAUAUAUUAAUGGUCUAUAUGCUAUUUAUAAAUGAUGAUUAAACAUUAAUAAACUAUCUGCUUACCAUUUAUAAAUGGUCUAUUUACCAUUUAUAAGUUAUGGUUAUUGUAAAGUGCUACCCUUCUUUUUUAAAGCACCAGUUGACAAAUAUGGUGUAUUUUACAUACAUUACAAAUCUGUAGUUUUAAUCAGCCACAGUAGAAAUGCUGAUAUACGAAUCUGUAGUAAAAAGAGAAAACAAUUCAUGAUCGCAAAAUGAUUCUUUCCCUGUAUUCAACAAUAAAUUAGCUUACAUUAGCUUUUAAGACUUUCAAACUAGCAUCACAAGGAAUUUAAAAAAGGUUGUAUCUUUUAAACUGCUGUCUCACUGAUAUUACUGUUGUCUAGUUAGAGGCUGGAUGCUAAAGUUAUCUAAAAGAUGAUCAAAUAUGUUAUUUAGAUGUUGAAAUCUGGUCAACUUUACCCCAGAAUUAGAGCGUCCCACCCUGAGAGUGAUUAAGGAAAUGAAACUCUGCAGAUUUCAGUGUAGAUAGAUCAGACAAUUGUUGACGAAAGGGAAAAAUAACAGAGUUUUAGGGAUUAGAUGUUAAACUGGAGCUAAAGCUGGGCUUGUCGAGACUGCAGCAGGACCUAACUACUCACUUAUGUAUAUUUUAGCCUCAUUCAGCAUAUGCAAAUCAUGAAAUGGUGUCAUUCCAGAGCACUGGCCCAUUUCUUUGCGUGUUCAUUUGAGUGCCCCAGUAAUUCUGUUUCUCUCCACGUUUGAGAGAAGAUGACAGGCAGAGGUUGUUGGCUUGAAAGAGGUUCACUCCGGCAGACAAGCUCUCACAUUGAACUCUUUUUUUCCCUCUGAGGUAACAUAUCUCCAGAGAAACGCAUUGUUCUCAAUCAAAGCAAAUUAG